GGCAAUUUGGAACCCAAAAAAAAAAGGAAAAAAAUUCUUGUGGUUUUAAAUUAGGUUGUUGAUAGAAAAUAACACCCAGAAAAACAAAGCUCAGUGGUUUGGUUGAUUAAUGGAUUGCAACGAGGUUUUUGACAAGGCAGAUGAGCUUUUUCCACUUCCUCCUCUUUCCUCUUUGGAUUGUGUCUCUGUUCCCCAGUUUCCCCUGCUGUCUUCUCCCAUGAAGCCCAAACAUGGCCGCCACCGUAAGUCGCCGCCCUGCACCUCCGACGAUGUCGCCCACGGCAACCCCAACGAGCUCAAGAAGAAGAAGAUUAUCCACAGAGACGUGGAGCGCCAAAGAAGGCAAGAAAUGUCCACUCUUUACACUGUUCUCCGCUCCCUUCUUCCUCCUGAAUAUCUUAAGGGAAAGCGGUCGAUAUGCGAUCACAUGCACGAAACGGUGAAAUACAUUCGGCAAAUGCAGAGCCGGAUUUGGGAGCUGUCGGAGAAGAGAGACGAGCUGAAGAGGCUCUCCGACAAGGGUUCGGCCACCACGGUGGAGACGCUGAACGGCUCGAAAAAGGACUCGGUCGUGGUGAGGCGGAGAAGCGGAGGAGUUCAAGUUGUGUUACAUACUGCGAUCCGACACCGGCUGCCCGUUUCAAAUGUGUUAGAAGCUGUAGUUGCGGAAGGGCUUGAAAUCGUCAGCUUUAAUUCCACCAAAAUUAACGACAGGCUCCUUCACACUAUAGAGUUAGACAUUGGCAGCGCCCAAAGAAUCGACAUCUCCGAGCUCCACCAUAAGCUCACCAACUUGGAAUAUUUCCCAUUGGAUUAGCUUCCUAAGCCAACUUAGUUUCUUGUUAGAACACGUUCUCUACAUGGUACGGAAUGUUAUUGUCCAUUUUAAAUAUAAGCUCUCUUUAUCUAGACAA